AUGCUCUCGGGCCCGGGGCAAGUGGUUGCAGCAGCAGCUGCUGCUACUGCUACUGUAGUGCGGCAGUGCAUAUUAAUCAGUUUAUUGGUAUCAUGGAUGAUGACGCUGAGAGUCAAGUCACUCAAUGAAAAUCCACUGCUACUGCUCAUUUCGUUGGAUGGCUUUCGUUACGAUUUGCUGCAGUCCAGUGUCGUACCAAAUAUUUGGAAAUUUGCUAAUGAAGGUGUGCACUUCAAACAAGGCAGUCGCCCGCAAUAUCUCUCUUAUACAGCGCCAAAUCAUGCAUCCAUAGCGACCGGGCUCCUUGUCGAGACGCAUGGAAUCGUUGCCAACUUCUUCCACGAUUUUGCUACCAACACAACAUUCGACAUAUUCAACGUAUCGCAAAAGGUGGGUGCGGUGAACGCCUCUUUGCUUGAUCAUUUUUAUAAUGGAGAACCAAUAUGGUUAACAAAUGAGCGUGCCGGUAACGGAAGACGCUCUGCCAGCAUGUACUGGCCAACCGGGAGUGGUUAUUGGCCAUCACCACCGCAUAAACCAUCGCUAUACAGACCGUGGCUGGAUUACAAGAAUUUAUCGCUUUGGAUGGCUGAUUUUGAUGAAAUUAUACGGUUGUUUACGAGCGAUAAUGGACCUUAUAACUUCGUUGCAUGGUAUGUGUCUGAGCCAGAUCGUGUGCUACAUCUAAAUGGUUUCAAAAAUGGUGAAAUCAAUAAGUCUUUGCGAGAGCUGGAUUUAUUAUUCGAAUACAUCAACGAUAAGCUGUUAAGCACUCCGGAACUUGCAAAGCGGCUGGAUAUUAUUGUAACUGCUGAUCAUGGUCACGCCGAAGUAACUAGUCUUGUCUUACGCUAA